GGGGACUGGAUCCAACCUCUGCUCUCCAGUCCAGCCCUACCUCAUGUCCAUACUCAGAAAGGAGAGAAGGAAACAGAGGAUGGUGUUAAAGAGAUGGAUGAGGCACUUCGGCUUCCUCAGGGAUCCUCCGCUCUCCAAGGCCAGACCAGGAGCCCAAUUCUGGUCCUGAGGACAUAGACCCCUCAGUCUCUCCAGUCCCUAGUGUCUGUGAGGGUUCUCUCUCAGACUUUAGCCGCCCACCAUCCAGCCAGUUCAGCCGAAGCACAGACCUGGGUAGUGGCCGGAGCAGUCCUCUAUGUGCGAAUCUGAGUGACCUGGACUCAGAGGGUGGCUCUCCUCUCUCCCAGCACGGCUCCUCUUCCAUGUCCCUGUCUGCUCUGGCCUCCUGCACCCCACAGGACCCCCCAACACACCAGCCCCCAAACCCAGCGCCUCACCACCCUCUACACCAUCCCCUCCCUCACCAGGCCCAACACUGCCCACCUGACUGGACCACCACGGAGAACCAGCCAGGCCAUGUCCUCCCACCCUACCCAGACCCAUCCCUGGACCCCAACCCAGACCCUACUACCCUAGCUUUCCCCUCAGACACCUGGCAGUCCUGCCCCAGCCCACAGUGCAGGAUAACUCCCCGACCAGGGUCAGGGUUAGGGUCAGGUUUGACCUCAUCUCCUGUGGUAGUGGAAAGGCAGGACUGGACAUCACACCGCUGGUCCAUCCUUCCCCCCAUCUCUCCUGUCAGAGAUGGCGGUGACACAGUGUCCUCCUGGUCCCGCUGUUCUCAGGUCAGCUCUAGCCAGUCCCAUGUGUUUGAUGAACUGGAGGCCAUCGCCCCGCGGAACGGCUCGUGUCUGUCCCAAGACCACCCACUCAGCCCAGCAGACUGCAGCCCACCUGGUACAGAGAUGUCCCCAGGCCUGGCUGCUCUGACAGUGGGCUGUGACUCAGGGGACCUGGGCUCCCUGUCCCGCAUGCUGCUGCAGCAUCUUAACUGA